AGGGGAGCAAUCAUCACGAUAACGGUGGGCAGCUUCACCGAUACAAAACAUCCAACUGCACCUGAAUAACUAUAUUGUUGCACUCUGGUUAGCAGUACAUCCGAUCUAUGUCUGACAGAGCCGGCUUCACCCUCUCAAUCUUUGCCAUCGAUGUCUCGCCUCCUAUGGGCGAGCUCAAAGCCGAUCCUUCUGGGUCAGGCAAGGUGUCCAAGUUGAGCCUCGCCAAAGAGUACGUAGCAAGACAAAUACAGUCAAAAAUACUAAGUGGAAGGAAAACGGAGGUCAUCGGUCUUGUCAGCUUCGGAGGUCGCACCAACAACCAAGCGUAUAAUUCUGGUCUUGAGGAAGGUAUGGAAAAUGAGCUAUAUAGAGCAGUGUCAUCGGACGUGGCUUGUCAAACCGCCAAGGCCAAAGCUUUGGAGGUGUUGAUGAAUCUUGAAGAAGGAAAACAUGCUGGUAAUCCUGUGUCUGCCCUCAUGGUGGGUUUAGAUAUGAUACAAUCCUGGAAGGUCACAAAGCAAUGGUCGGUUGACUUGACACUGAUCACGGACGGAGAAACUGCGUUUGAACAGGAUGAGUAUGAAGAAGCUAUUGACAGGCUAGAGCAACUGCAGGUCAUCCUCCGGGUACUUGGCAUUGAUUUUCAACCCAUUUCACAAGCAGUAGAUAAAAGUAAAUCUCGAAAUAAACGGCUCUCAGAGAAAUUCUGGCGUGUCUUCACCUCUACGCUGCAGGGGCGUCUGGAGCAAUCAUCCAAUCCGCGACUCUACCCUGCCUUGAAAGUUUUUGACGACUCCCUGGAAGCAGCUCGUAGCCCACAGGUUGCCACUGUCAAUAGCACCCUUAGUGGCAUAGAUCUACACAUCGGCUCCUUGGAUGUUGGCCGGGAUGAAGCCAUCGUUAUCCCCGUUAGAUACAGCAAGGCUACCGCCAAAGCUUCAGCACCUACAUUCUCAAAAGCGUGGAAGCCAGCCAUGGAUUUGCAAAUGCCCAUGCGCUCUACGGCCGAUGGUAUCUCACUGUCGAAUCCAUUAAUCUCUGGGCUACUCAACCAGUCGCAGUCGCAGGGCAAAAAUCCACCCAGUACCGAGGAAAUGGCGGGGAUGAUCUCGGCUGAAGUCAAGCAGCAUCACUCAUAUGUGAUCAAAAAGCCGGAGAUUAAUGCCUCAGGCAAUCGAAUUAGCACUCAAGCAAGUGGUCUUGAACCUUCUGAACAGGUAGAUGAAAAUGAAAAUGAGGAAGAAGAUGACGAAGAAUACGUCGAUAAAGAGGAUGUGGUCAAGGCAUGGAAGUUUGGAUCUACAUGGGUUCCUGUGCCCGAGAAAACCUUCACGACGCUCGACACUAGUAAGGGCAUUGAAGUACUUGGGUUUUUCCCUGUGGAAAACAUACGAAGAUAUCAUCUCAUCGGUGAAGCACGAUAUGUCUGGCCUGAUCUGCUCUCUCCAAAAGCUCAAAUUCAGUUCUCAGCGUUGGUUGAAGCAAUGCACGAUCGGAAGAUGUGUGCAGUGACGAGAUGGGUCCUGAAGGACAGGGGUGAGCCAACCAUGGGUGCCUGCGUACCAGUCAUUGAAAACAAAGGACCCGAUGAAGAAGGAAAGCCCAGCAUAUUGCCGUACAUGUACUGGCUGAAACUGCCUUUUGCCGAAGACGAACGCACCUUCCGUUUCCCAUCACUGACCACCAUUAAGACCAACACUGGCAAGAUUUUAACGGAACAUCCCCUCUUGCCUACUAAGGAACAAAGUCUGCUGAUGGAUGAAUUGGUUCUGGGUAUGGAUCUGGAUGAAUAUGCAAGAGAGGGGAAGAGAAAGACCCAGGAAAAUGAGGAACAGGAUGUGGACGAACAGAUGGACGAACAAGGCCAAGAUGUUACUUGGUUUAAACCAUGGGAAGCGGUGAACCCUGUCAUUCAUCGAAUCAAAGAGGCUGUUUUCCACGCGUCCCUCACCCCCGAUCUUGACAAAGAUCCGCUUGGACCGCCCCAUCCUGAACUUACCAAGUACUUUGAAACGCCGUCAGAACUUGCUGAAAAGGUGAAAGACGUGACAGAGCGAUUGAAAGAGGUUCUAGAUAUCAAGAAAGUCCCGGAGAAAAGGAAGAGGCGGAAGGCGCAGAAGGAAGAACUAGGUGAAGACGAAGGAUUUAUCAAUGAAGAUGAACUCUUCGCUGAACCGACCGAGACAAAACCCACUACCAAGACCGAACUUCAGACUCAAACGUCGUCCCAGCCCACAACCGCAGCUCCUAUUCAAGACCAAAGCAAGCCAAAGCCGGGCAGACUUAUCAGUAAUGGUAGUCCGAUUGACGAUUUCAACCGCGUGAUUCAGGUCGGAGAUGUUUUUCGCAAGGCCAUUCAGGAUAUGAAUGAAGUGGUAAAGGAAAAUGUGGAGAGCAGUUUCUCAAGGCAAAACUUUGCUGGAGCAAUCGAUUGCUUAAAGUUGAUGAGGUCUACCGCGCUUGGGUACGAGGAAGUGGAAACGUAUAAUAACUGCAUUGAUUCUCUUGAGCAAACUGUUAAGGCUAGAGGUUUCAAGCAUCCUGAUUUCUGGGACUAUUUUAAGUCAGCCGGUAAAUCUGUUAGUAAGAUUUCGGAAGAAGAGGCCGAGGCAGCCAUGGAGGAUUUUGAAUAAAGCACAAGAGUGACGUUGUUAAAUAUGUAUGUAAGAGUUAUUAAUAUGUAACAAAC